GGCGGCGCGCUGUGGAGGCGGGGAUUCGAGGACUUCAGGCGUUCGCAGCUGAGCGCUGUGUGUCUGCCAGGAUGGCGGGUAGGGGGAAGCUUAUUGCGGUGAUCGGGGACGAGGACACGGUGACCGGCUUCCUGCUGGGCGGCAUAGGGGAGCUUAACAAGAACCGCCACCCUAAUUUCCUGGUGGUGGAGAAGGAUACAACCAUCAAUGAGAUCGAAGACACUUUCCGGCAGUUUCUAAACCGGGACGACAUUGGCAUCAUCCUCAUCAACCAGUACAUUGCAGAGAUGGUGCGACAUGCACUUGACGCCCACCAGCGCUCCAUUCCCGCCGUUCUUGAGAUCCCAUCCAAGGAGCACCCCUAUGAUGCUGCCAAGGACUCCAUCCUGCGCAGGGCCAGGGGCAUGUUCACAGCUGAAGAUCUGCGCUAAGGGACUCCCCACAGCCCUACCGCCUCUCCCAGGCUUGCCAUCAGCCCCUCUCUAAGUUUUGAGCUUCUGAUUUCCAAUUCCCUGCCCCUUCCCACUUCGUUGAGAGACUAGAUGAGGUGCUUCCAUGUUGCUGGGCCCUGUCAUUAAAAUCAAGGUUGGUAAGGGAAUAACACUCUCUCCACUACUUCUUCCCUAUGCUGUUACACAGUGUCAUUGUUGAUAUUAAAUUAAAAUAACGUUCUUACUUGUC